CGUCAUGUAAUGGGAGUGCCUCUUAUCACAAGACACGAACCCAGAUAAUAUCUCGACUCUACAAUUACCUUGUGUAACAAUUUCUUCACGGCUUUCUCGCUAACACCUCCUUUGGAAAUGACGUUGAUCAAGUUAUUAGCUAUUGUCUGCUACAUUGCAGCGUGCUCUGCACAAAGUUCCAAUUGGUUUGAUUCAAUAAGUUGCAGAUACAUAGAAGGCAGGGACUGCUACAGAUAUGGAAAUAAUCCCGAGUGUGGAACAGACGGGGUAACUUACAGAAACAGGUGUGAUUUCUCCAAAGCCCACUGUGCCAACAAGGAUAUACAUGUAUAUGCUUACGACAGCUGCGCAAAUGUUACGCUUCCUGGGGGUUCGCCAUCCACUGCCGCUCCUGGUGGUGGUGGAGGUGUAGUUAGCACUGUCGCACCACCUGUCACUAUCGCACCAACACCUGCCAUACACGGAUCAGAAGCUGUUCUCGACUUUAUCUGCUUGGAAAUCAGCCAUGAGAAAUGUGGUAUGGAGGUGGAGCAGAUUUGCGCUAGUGACUUCAGGACAUACGAAAAUGCGUGCGAAUUCCAGAAGGCCAAAUGUACCCAUAGGGAACUCCACGUCCUUGCAUACAGGGUCUGUCCGACUGGGAGUCCGUAAAGGUAUAGUGCCCUUGAAAGCUUUCAAGACGAAUGCAAAAUAAUUCAAAACAGUAAUACAUGAAUACAUUUAAAUGUAUCAUCACUAUUGUAAGAAGACCGUGAUUCUAUCAGAAGGAAAACUUGGUAAAAUGAUAAAAUAAGGCGGUAGUGUGUGCAUCAGU